AAACAGCUGAUCAGCAAGCGGUGUAGGUUAAAAGAAUUCGUGCAGAAUUAUUUGGCUUAAAAGUUCUGAGAUCAUCAUGAUGCAACGCUGUUUGCGUCUACCAAAGCCUCUGGCCCUGCGUCGAGGCCUUCACUUGGCCCAAGCUAAUGCCCAAGCGGUGGUCACAGAAGCACCCGAGGCAGAGCCUCAGGAUGCCUUCGAGCGUCAGUACCUCAAGGAGCGAAUCGAGAUAUCGCCUUUCCAGCGGGUUUUCCUAGGAGCAGGUUCCUCUAUAGCUGCUCUUUUGGAUCCAAGACGUCAUGACAUGAUCGCCUGUUUGGGUGAGACGACUGGAGAGGAUGCUCUGUGGACUAUUUUGGACACCAUGCAGGCCAGCGAGGAGGGUCAGCGCAUCAUGGCCGAUAAGCCCCGCAUCCACACCAGCACUAUUGACUUCAAGUACCUAGAAACAUUGCCACCGGAUACCUUUGGAGCCGCUUACGUGAAGUUCCUAAAAGAUAAUCAAGUCACGCCGGACAGUCGCAUGGCCGUGAGGUUUCUGGAGGACCCGAAGUUGGCCUACUUGAUGACGCGGUAUCGCGAAUGCCACGACCUGAUCCACACGGUGCUGGACAUGCCCACCAAUAUGCUCGGCGAGGUGGCCGUCAAGUGGGUGGAGGCUUUGAACACCGGACUGCCCAUGUGCUAUGGUGGUGCGGUGUUCGGAGCAGUUCGCCUACGUCCCAAGCAGCGGCGUGCGUACUUGAAGCAUUACUUGCCGUGGGCCCUGGAGAACGGAAAGCGGACCAAGCCCUUGAUGCCUGUCUACUGGGAGAAGCGCUGGGAGCAGAACAUCCACGAGCUGCGAUCCGAAUUGGGAAUUACUGUGUUGAAUAAAGCCUGAUAAGGCGUUUUUUUUCA